AUGCCCGAGAUUGCAGAAGUCGCCCGCAUCGUCCACUUCCUCCGCCUCAGGCUCGUUGGGCAAAACAUCGCAGCGGCUUCGGCCAUUGACGAUCCCAAUGUCUUCGGCAAAGUCGGUACCAGCGGUGCCGCCGUUGAGACGGCUCUGAGGGGUAGACAGGUUAUGUCGGCUGGCAGCCAAGGGAAAUACUUCUGGAUUAUUCUCGAUAAGCCCCCUCAUCUAGUGAUGCACUUUGGCAUGACCGGCUGGAUACACAUCAAGGGCGAAAGAACGGCAUAUACAAAUUACUACAAGAAGACCAAAGACAGCGAGCUCAGUCAAUGGCCUCCCAAGUUUUGGAAGUUCCACCUUGUGACAGAAGGAGACUCGCCCGUCGAGGUCGCCUUCACCGACCCCAGGAGGUUCGGUCGGGUAAGGUUGGUCGACUGCCCCGGAGCAAGCAUUCGGGAGCACUCGCCGUUGGUGGAGAACGGUCCAGACCCCGUCGUUGACGUGGCCAUCUUCACCGAGGAAUAUCUACGGACCAAGAUGAAGUCCCGGCACGUGCCCAUCAAGGCCCUGCUCCUGGACCAAACCACUAUCAGCGGCGUCGGAAACUGGGUUGCCGACGAGACCCUCUACCACGCCAAGCUCCACCCGGAGCAAUACUGUGACGACUUUGACGACGAGGCUAUUGCGAGGCUCUACCAGUCUAUUCGCUACGUCUGCCAGACGGCCGUGGACAAGCUCGGCGACUCGGACGCGUUCCCAGAGCACUGGCUUUUCAACUACCGAUGGGGCAAGGGCAACGGCUCGGCCAAACUUCCCAACGGCGAGCGGCUGGCCUUUAUGACGGUGGGCGGGCGGACGAGUUGCUAUUCGCCUGGAGUGCAGAAGAAGACUGGACGCGUUACGACAGGCGCCAAAGUCGAGCCUAUCAAGUCCACGUCCGACGAAGAGGCCGACGGUCCCCCCCUUAAGAAGAGGCGAACCAAGCAGGUAAAAAGCGAGAUCAAGCAGGAAGUGCUCGAGGUAGAUGUGCCCGAUGGACGCAGAAGAUCCGCGAGGCUGCGAAAAUGA